AUGGCUGAGGAGAUGAAGUCUUCUAUUAGCACAAUCAUUCGAAAUGUGGCCAAAAAAGAUCUAAGCGCUCCAAUGGCAGCAGGAUAUGACCACACACAAGUGGAGUCUCACUGGAAUACAUGGUGGGAAUCCCGAAGGUUUUACAGGGCAAACGAAGAAAGAGCUUUGACACUUCCUCCGAGUCAAAAGUUUGUGAUGAUGAUUCCUCCUCCAAACGUAACUGGCUCUUUACAUUUAGGCCACGCUCUCACAAGCUCAAUUGAAGACGCACUAGCCAGAUGGAGCAGGAUGCAAGGCAAAGAAACUUUAUGGCUCCCUGGAGUUGAUCAUGCAGGAAUCGCCACCCAAAGUGUUGUCGAAAAACAAAUUUUCAAAGAAGAAGGAAAGACCCGCCACGACUACGGCCGAGAAGAAUUCACUAACAAGAUCUGGCAGUGGAAAGAGAAGUACGGGAAUAGGAUCUGUGACCAGUUCCGCAGAAUGGGUGUCAGCACAGACUGGAGUAGAAUGUGCUUCACCCUUGACGACAAGCUCAGCAAAGCAGUUGUAGAAGCAUUCGUAAGGAUGUGGGAAAAAGGUCUAAUUUACAGAGCUAACAGACUUGUCAACUGGAGCUGCUACUUGAGAACUGCGAUUAGUGACUUAGAAGUGGAGUUCGAAGACAUCACAGAGAGCACCUGGCUCAAAGUUCCAAACCAUGACGGGCUUUACGAGUUUGGUGUAAUCCAUAGCUUUGAUUACCAAAUUGAGACAGGUGAAAAAAUCACAGUAGCUACUACAAGAUUGGAGACUAUGCUUGGAGAUGUAGCUGUCGCUGUUCACCCUGAUGAUCCAAGGUAUAAGCAUCUCAUUGGCAAGAAAAUUAUCCAUCCUUUUAUCCCUGAGAGAGAAAUGAGGGUUGUGGCUGACGCACAGCUUGUUGAUAUGACUUUUGGGACUGGAGCCGUCAAAAUUACUCCUGCUCAUGAUUAUAGAGAUUUUGAGUGCGGAGAACGCAAUGGACUGGCAACGAUCAACAUAUUUACUGAAGAUGGAAAAAUCAAUGAAAACGGAGGGAGGUAUGCAGGAAUGAUGAGGUUUGACUGCCGAAAUCAAAUAGAAAAGGAUCUUGCUGAGCUGGGGCUGUAUAAGGAAAAGGCAAAUAAUGCGAUGAGAUUAGGAUUUUGCAGCAGAAGCGGCGAUGUUAUUGAGCCUUAUCUAAAGCCGCAGUGGUAUGUCAAUUGCAACGAUCUUGCUGCUAGAGCUUGCGAGGCAGUUAGAAAUGGAGAGCUCAAAAUUUUGCCUGAUUUUAAUGAAAAAACCUGGUUCAGGUGGCUUGAAAACAUUAAAGACUGGUGUAUUUCAAGGCAGCUCUGGUGGGGGCACAGAUGUCCAGCAUAUUUAGUUACUGUAAAAGAUGCGAAUGGGGAGGUAAAAGUAAGGCCAAGAAAUGACUCAAACGAUAACUGGGUUUGCGCAAGAAACCACGAAGAAGCACUUCAAAAAGCCCAAAAAUUCAAAAUAGCAGAGACUGAUAUCAUUGAAAUUGAGCAAGAUGAAGAUGUCCUUGACACAUGGUUUUCCUCAGGCCUGUUCCCAUUUUCAACAUUAGGAUGGCCAAAUGUUGAAAAUCCAGACUUCAAAGCUUUUUACCCAGGCACAAUUUUGGAAACUGGACAUGACAUCCUUUUCUUCUGGGUCGCACGUAUGGUCAUGAUGGGGUUGUGUCUGACUGAUAAGCUUCCAUUUAACACUGUAUACCUUCAUGCUAUGAUUAGAGAUGCAGACGGAGAAAAAAUGAGUAAGAGCAAAGGGAACGUUAUUGAUCCUGAAGAAGUCAUCGAUGGGACCACAUUGGAAUCUCUAAUUCAAAAAGUCGAAAACAGCAAUCUGUCACAAAAAGAUAAAGUAAAAUACAUUGAAAAAAGGAAAAAAGAAUUUCCUGAAGGAAUUCCUGCUUGUGGUAGCGAUGCCUUAAGAAUUGGUCUGUUAUCGUUCACAAUCCAAGGCAGAGACAUUAACUUGAAGAUCUCCAAAGUCAUUUCAUUUAGACAGUUCAUGAAUAAAUUGUGGAAUGUGAUGAAAUUCACUUUAUCCAACCUCGGAGAAGGAUUCGUCCCAAUUGAAGGAUUUUUAAACCAAAAGCCAAAAAUCUUGGUCAACCAGUGGAUGGUCAGCCGCUUAUCUAAUACCAUUCAGCUAAUCGACACUCAUUUCAAUAAUUACGAUUUUGGUGAGGCAGUCCAGGUUCUUUACAGCUACUGGCUCCACGAGUUCUGUGACAUCUACCUUGAAGCUAUAAAGCCUAUCAUGAGAUCUGACGAUGCUGAAGCUAAGACAGAAACCCUUAAUACCUUAUUUUCUGCAGUUGAAAAAGGUCUGCUGCUCCUCCACCCAAUGAUCCCAUAUGUGACUGAAGAGCUAUACCAAAGACUCCCUGAGUUUUCUUGGAAGCGAGAAAGUAUUUCAAUUGCAGAGUAUCCUAAGCCAAUUCCAGAGCUAAUUGACCCUGAAGUUGAAAGGACAAUGGACAUCAUGAUGGAAAUCAUAAGGACAGCCAGGUCAAUUUUCCAGAACCUGAAUCUAGUUGGAAAAAAGCCUAAAAUCUACUUGAGGACAAGUCAGGAAAUUAUUAAUUUGAUCGAACCACAUAUCAACACAAUUGCCACCUUAUCCAAGGCAGGAAGUGCGAGCUGCACCACAGAAGUCCCUCAUGGCUGCAUCAUGAACCCUUCAAGAGACGUUGAAGUCUAUUUAGAGCUAGCAGGAAUGGUGAAUAUUGAAGCAGAAGUCAAGAAACUCGCAAAGAAAAGAGAUCAGAUGCAGAAACUAAUAGAAGGGCUCAGGAAGAAAAUGUCACUGCCUCAAUAUGAAGAAAAGACACCAGAAAAUGUGAAAGCUGAGAACAGUAACAAGCUAGCCACGUACAAUGAAGAACUGGAAAAGCUUGAACUAGAAAUAACUCGACUAAAAGAGCUUAGCUAA